AUGAGCUCAGCGAAGAAAAGGAAACUUAAAUAUUUCGAUAUUUUCAAACAGUUCGAAAAAUGGACGGACGCUUAUAUGAACGUCAAAAGGAGUGCGAAUUUAUGUGACACCGUUUUUCGCGCACAACUAGCAAUUAUGAUUACCACAAUAACUUUGUACUACAUCAUCCUGUUGUAUGGCAUCACAAGUUUUAAUAUUGAACGCGGUAAGUUUUCAGUUGUGAAAUCGCUAAGCUAUUUAAUAUCGUUAUUUGGCUUUCUGAUUGCAUUGUUACUACUCUCUAAAGCCGGACAACGUAUUCAGAAAAGCGCCGAAAAUUUGAGAAGGAAGCUGAGCAAGUUCUUGUUACAUUCACUUGAAGAUCCAGAAUUUCACAGAGCAGCAACAAAUCUGCUAAGAUUGGUUUGCACUCAUCACAUAAAAAUGCGAUGUUUCGGCUUCAUUGACAUAGACAUGACUCUGUUACCGUCCUGCUUGAUGUUCGUCACAUCUUACACUGUUAUAGCUUUACAAUUUAAUAAUGUGGUUUAA